CACUUUAAGUUCAACCUUGUGAGGUCCACUGUAAAGGAGGCAGGAUGGACUGCGGAAUAUGCAAGCCGACUGCUGAAGAAUUAGACACCAUCCUUUUCAUGCAGUAAGUUGGGGAGACAAUGGAGAAAGAGUAAUCAUGGCUUUGGAGCCAAAGGAGAUACAGUGGUCCUGUCCUCAAGGAGUGAGCACUUCCUUUGACUCCUUAUCUCUGGAGCCCUCCUGGUCAUGCGGUUGCUGACAAGAUCCCAGGUGCUCCGAGGCCUUUGGGUUCCUUGGCCAACCUAUGGUUCCCGUCACCUUCAUCCUAGGAACCUCCUCGCCCAGGCUUUCUCAAGGACAGAGAUACCACAAUGGGGAGACUAUGACGUGCCCAAAGAAUUUAAUUUCGCCAGUGAUGUGAUGGAUCACUGGGCACGUAUGGAGAAGGAGGGCAAAAGAGACCCAGUCCCUGCCCUGUGGUGGGUGAAUGACAAAGGGGAUGAAGUAAAAUGGAACUUCCAGGAACUGGGUCACUUGACCCGUCAGGCAGCCAACGUUUUAACAGAGAUCUGCGGCCUGCAGCGGGGAGACCGACUGGUUCUGAUCCUGCCCCGGAUUCCUGACUUGUGGCUGGUGAAAGUGGCCUGUAUGCGGGCAGGACUUGUCUUCAUUCCUGGAACAACCCAGUUGACAGCCAGAGACAUCCUCUACCGGUUGCAGUUAUCAAAGGCCAAAGGCAUCAUGACCAAUGAAACCUUGGCCCCAGCCGUGGACUCUGUGGCAUCUGACUGCCCUCAGCUGAAAACCAAGCUUCUGGUAUCCGAGAAUAGCCGCGAUGGAUGGCUAGACUUUAGGACACUGCUGAAAGCUGCGUCUGUGGACCACGCUUGUGUAAAGACAGAAUUACAAGAGCCCAUGACUAUCUUUUUCACCAGUGGAACUACAGGCCUACCCAAGAUGGUCAUGCACGACGGCGGGCUUGCGCUGAGAUCAUGUCUCCCAUCCACCAGGCAAGUCAUGAAACUUACAAGUUCUGAUAUCUCAUGGUGCGCGGCAGACCCUGGCUGGAUUUUAUCGGUUGUAGCGUCUAUGCUAGAACCCUGGAGCUCAGGAGCCUGCAGCUUCAUCCACUACCUGCCUCAGUUCAACCCUGAGACCAUUCUAAAGACUCUCUCCAGAUACCCCAUCACUUGCAUGGUAGCUGCCCCAUCCAUGUAUCGAAUGCUUCUACAACUCAACAUUUCCAGUUACAAAUUCCCAGCCCUGAAGCAUAUUGUUACUGGUGGUGAGACUCUGCUGCCUGAAGAUUUUGAGAAGUGGCAAAAAGCAACAGGCCUGGCCAUCCAUGAAAUAUAUGGACAGUCAGAAACGGGACUAACUUGUGCAGUGCCCAGGGGAAUGAAGAUCAAGAAAGGUUCCAUGGGGAAGGUCAUUCCACCCUUUGACAUGCAGAUCAUAGAUGAGAAAGGCAACACACUUCCUCCAGGGACAGAAGGGGAAAUGGCCGUCAGGAUCAAACCUACUAGACCUGUUGGCGUGUUCUCUGGCUACUUGGAUAAUCCUAAGAAGACUUCCUUAUCGGAACGCGGUGACUUUUACGUCACAGGUGACAGAGGCACCGUAGAUGAAGACGGCUAUUUCUGGUUCAUUGGUCGUUCUGAUGACAUCAUUAAGGCUUCUGGGUACCGGAUCGGUCCCUCUGAAGUUGAAAAUGCCCUGGCAGAACACCCAGCUGUGGCAGAAUCAGCAGUCAUUGGCAGCCCGGACCCAGUCCGAGGAGAGGUGGUGAAGGCAUUUGUGGUCCUGACUCCGGAGUUUAGGGACCAUGACCGUGACCAACUGGUUCAGGAGCUGCAGCAGCACGUUAAGAAUGUUACUGCCCCCUACAAGUACCCCAGGAAGGUGGAGUUUGUCUCAGUCCUGCCCAAAACCAUCACAGGGAAGAUCAAGAGGAGCGAACUCCGGGAAAAUGACCAGAGGCUUAAUGGGUGAUUUAAUUCUGGGAUCCAUCUCACAAUCCACUGAAGCCUGUAUCUCUCUCAAGAGGAGUCUUUGUCAGCUACAUGCAAGUGUUUAAGCAAUAUUGGGCUGGAAUAAAAGAGACCAGGGCAAUUGUUCUCUUCCAAGCUUUA